UGAAUGCGACAUGGAGAUAAACAGACGCACGCUAUGCAGACGUUUGCGUUUAUCGACCUCACGGAGGAUUUAACACUCGACACGUUUAUUUAAGGGGCAGAUCUUCUCUGCAUCGCCUAUUUGAUGUCUCUGUGAGACUGCGCUGGUAUCUGGUUGUCGUUUGACGGGCGCCCUCUCUCAGGAUGGUGUCCUACAAGCGGCUGAACCCUGAAGACGUCCACUUCGCCGGCGCCGCUCCGUCCCAGCAGCCUUGUCCCGCGCAUGAAGACGCUCCAGCUUUGGAUCCAGAGGAAGCCUCCCUGCUCCCCCGCAGGCCCCUGUGCUCCGUCACCACCGCCCUCCUGCUGAUCGGCGCCCUGCUGCUGCUCCUCUUUGGAGGCUGGCUGGUGGGCGCCAUGUUCUGGCUGCACCGUCCGUCCACCGACCGGCCGGGCGGACACCCGGCCCCCGGCCCGGCGCCGCCCCAGGACUCGGAAGGGUCGGCGGGAGCGAACGUCACCGCGGCCGCUUCCCGCCGCCAGGCCUGCAGCGCCGUCCCCGCGGCGUGGAGGUUCGACUGCUACCCCGAGAGAGCCGCGGUGGUGACCCGAGAGCUGUGCGAGGCCAGGAGCUGUUGCUUUGUCCCCGCCGCCGCCGCCUCCUCCGCCUCCGCCGCCGCCCGCCCCCCCGGGUGGAACGGCAUCCCGUGGUGUUUCUACCCGAGGGAUUUCCCUUCCUACUCGCUUGUGUCGGUGAGCGACACGCCGCUGGGCCAGAAGGGGACGCUGGUCCGGGAGGUGAAGACCUACUACCCGGCGGAUGUCCUCACUCUGGAGGUGGAGACGCGCCACGAGACGGACACGCGGCUGCGUGUCAGGAUCACCGACCCCUCCGCCUCGAGGUUCGAGGUUCCGAUCUCUGUUCCCGCUGCUGCCACCAAGGCGGAACGCCCCGAUUACACGGUGGAGCUCUCCGAGAGUCCGUUCGGCCUCAUCGUGAGGAGGAGCUCCAGCGGCGCGGUGCUUCUCAACACGACGGUGGCGCCGCUCUUCUACGCGGACCAGUUCCUGCAGCUCUCCACCUCCCUGCAGAGUCAGUUCCUGUACGGCCUGGGGGAGCACCGCUCCACCUUCCUGCAUGACCUGCACUGGAACACGCUGACCAUGUGGGCCAGGGACGUGCCCCCCACGGAGCAGACCAACCUGUACGGAGCUCAUCCGUUCUACCUGGCGAUGGAGGAGGGAGGCGACGCCCACGGCGUCUUCCUGCUGAACAGCAACGCGAUGGAUGUGGUCCUCCAGCCCGCCCCGGCCCUCACCUGGCGCACUAUUGGUGGAAUCCUUGACUUCUACGUUUUCCUUGGUCCCGAUCCCGCUUCUGUGAUCGGACAGUACGUGGAGGUCGUAGGCUACCCAGCGAUGCCCGUCUUCUGGGCGCUAGGCUACCACCUCUGUCGCUGGGGUUACCAAACCAGCAAUUCCACCUGGGAGGUUGUCAAGAGCUUGAGGAAUUAUGGUAUACCGCAGGACGUCCAGUGGAACGACAUCGACUACAUGGACCGAUUCAUGGACUUCACCUUUGACCCGGACAAGUUCGGCACGCUGCCGGAUCUGGUCAAGGACCUGCACGCUCACGACCAGCGCUACGUCAUGAUCCUGGACCCGGGUAUCUACAGCUCGCAGCCGGAAGGAUUCCACUGGUCCCUAACGACGAAAGGGUUGAGGAGGAACGUCUCAUCAAGGACGCCGAAGGGAAAGCCGCUCAUCGGGAAGGUGUGGCCCGGUCUGACCGCGUAUCCCGAUUUCUCUGAUGAAGCGACGCAUGAAUGGUGGUACGAGAACCUCCGGCGGUUCCACGAGAAGGUUCCGUUUGAUGGAUUAUGGAUCGACAUGAACGAGCCGUCCAAUUUCCUGGACGGGUCCACCGACGGUUGUCCGUCCAACAGUCUCGAGAAUCCCCCUUACACACCCGGUGUCCUCGGAGGUUUGCUGAGAGCUAAAACCGUGUGUGCCAGCGCCCAGCAGAACCUGUCGGUCCACUACAACCUGCACAGCCUCUAUGGGCUCAUGGAGGCGAAGGCGUCUGCAAGCGCUCUGCGGCGGAUCGUGGCGAAGAGGCCUUUUGUCAUCUCUCGCUCCACCUUCCCGAGUCAGGGGAUGUACUCCGGCCACUGGCUGGGCGACAACAGGAGCCUGUGGAAAGAUCUGUACACUUCCAUAGCAGGUAUCUUGACCUUUAACCUCCUCGGCAUCCCGCUGGUGGGAGCCGACAUCUGCGGCUUCAGCGAGGAGCCGCAGGAGGAGCUGUGCGUGCGCUGGACGCAGCUGGGCGCUUUCUACCCCUUCACGCGCAACCACAACGCCCUCGACACGCAGCCUCAAGACCCGACGGCGUUCAGCCCUCUGGCGCGUACGGCCAUGAAGCAGGCGCUGCUGCUGCGCUACUCCCUGUUCCCCGUGCUGUACACGCUGUUCCACCACGCGCACGCACACGGACGCACCGUGGCGCGGCCCUUGAUGUUUGAGUUCCCAAAAGAUGUCCGAACGUAUGGGAUCGACAAACAAUUCCUGUGGGGGAAGAGUUUGUUGGUGACACCGGUUCUGGAUCCGGGCGUCGACUACGUGGACGGUUACUUCCCGCGCGGCCUGUGGUAUGACUUCUUCACGGGCGACUCUCUGCGCAGUGAGGGGGAAGAGCUCCGCCUCCGUGCACCUCUGGAUAAGAUCAAUCUACAUCUACGGGAAGGCUCCAUCACACCAACACAGGCUCCCAACCGGACGCUGUGGGUGAGCAGCGGUCAGCCGCUCCACCUGAUCUCGGCGCUGUCCGACGGCGACGGCUCGGCCGCCGGAGACCUCUUCUGGGACGACGGCGAGAGCGUGGACACCUACGAGAGCGGCCUGUACUCCUACAUCGUCUUCAGCGUGGCCCAGGACGCGAUGACAUCACAGGUGCUCCACAGCAACGUGGAGGCCACGUACAUCACCGUGGAGACGGCCUCCUUCUACGGGGUGAAGCAGAAGCCCAGCAGAGUGCUGGUGAACUCCCAAGAUGCAGCGUUCACCUACAGAGCCAACCAGGUGUUGACUGUUGGAGAUCUGGGUCUCAACCUCAGUCAGAACUUCACCAUCAGCUGGAUGUGACGAACGGGACGUUUUUAAUGGCGGUCGAGGCUGUUUUAUUCUGUGUAGUCCAGAACGCUGAGGCCACCUGUUCCUGACCGACGGGACUGCGUGAAGGAGAGCAACGGAUCCCCAAAUGUCCAUCAAAUUAAGGCUGAGAGUCGUCACUUUAAUCGUCUUAAGACGAAUCGUAAGAGUCGUUUUGGAUCUAAUGCGCUCGAGUACAUAAGAAUGUUCUCAAGCAAAACGUUUCACUUCAGAAACUUUUAUCUCUGUGACCUAAAGUUUCGUUUUCAUCAAGUUCAUCUCAAAUCUGAACCUUUUUCUUUUUUUAUGUCCUCAGCAGAUAGAUUUUUGCGCACUAAGUGAAAUGCCUCCUAAUGUGAGUGUUCUCGCAGCUCCUGUUGUAACGCGUCGCAGCUUCUCUCUGCACUGAUCAGCGUCGUGGAGGAGGAUGCAGGUGCAUUACGAUCCUGUUUGUGUGUCUGUGAGCGUCUCUUUCCAUCUGUUACAGCGGGAGCCUGAUUUUUUUUUUUAACGCCUGCGCGCGACGAUUACUUUUAACGCACAACCACCGCACACGAGAAACAGCCGCGUUUCACUGUCGGCCGAAUGUAAAUAAAACCUGAAGCAGCAGCAGCGGCGUCGCGUCCCGAA